CACUCCACUUGCGUCCUGGCAACAACUCGGCUAGCUCCACAGGGACAGGGUAGCAGUAGCAUGUUGGGCGCGCAAAGAGAAGCCAGCCGCACCAUAUAAGCCAGGAGGAGGACGCGCCGCUGUUCCUGCCCGCUUACCUAAUACCUAGCCGCCAACAGCAUUCUGCUUGCUCGCUCUGAUCGCCUCUGCCAUACGCCCGUGAUCUGCUCCGCUGCUAGGCUCGCUUCUCCGUCGCUGCGCGCGCCGACGAGACGACCCGCCCGGCCGCUCUGCUAGCCGUGUGCUCCGGAUCGACGAUGCGUGCGCCGGCGGGGAGGAGGCGCGACGAGGCCACUCACUUUGUCAUGAGCGAUUUUGCGCUAAGCAACGACCACGCCAUGCUGCUCCAUGGCCAUGGCCGCGACAAAUCGAACGUCACCUACCCGGCCCAUCCGUCCGUGUUCCCGGCAAAUCCAAGACCCAUGCAGGGAGGUGGCUUCAACGAAUCACCACGCCAAACGAGGAGUUUCUGUGCACACACAGCUCGGAAGAACGACGCUGCUGUCCUCCCGAUAAUACAUCAAAUGCGUGCAGGUACUGAAGCAAAACUCUUCUCCGCUGACGGAUACGCUGGAAUCCGCAACGUUUCGGACGUUUUCUGCCCACCAGAAUGGGGCCAUACUGGGCGAGCACUGGAUGAUCAGCACAAGAACAAGGAGAGUGAUCUGCUUCUCUUCGACUGGCCUGAACUGGAUGACUUGGAGGAUCUCCAGACAAACCUGAGAAAACUCGAUUCGGCGUUUGAGCUAGGGAGCGACUAUUUCGAUGUCCCGAUGUGGCCUUCGAUUUGCUCGCCGGACGUUCAGCUUGUGCUGAGCAGCUACUUUGACAACCCCCAUCCGUCGACUAAUCCUGACACCAACGGUCAGCAGCCAUCCAGGAAGAAAGGAAAGGAGACGCCACUGAACUCGUCUUCCUCCUCCGUGGAGAUGGAGCAUUUCCCGCGGCUGUCAGACGCCGACCUCCUCUGCCCCUUCGACUUCCAUGACAUGCUCGUCCCAACAUCCUCCAGCGUCAUGUGCAACGACGAGAUCAUGUCUUCCUCCGCUGCUCGCUCCAGCCCAGACGAUCUCGUCUCGGCCUACGCUUCGACGAAGAAUAAUCAGCCGCGUGCGACUCCGGACAUGAUCCUGGACGAGAUGGCCGGGAACCCGCUGGAGAUGUACUUCCCUCCGCUGGCGACGUGCGAGCAGCCUCAAGUGCCGAUGAGUGGCACCGCCUCGACGCUCGCCGGCGACGGUGCUCUGAACGGUGCAGCCUUGCAGUCCGGCUCUAGGGGGAGGAGGGGUUCGGGAGGGGUGCGUGAGAAGGCUCGCCCGUCGUCGGUUCCGGAGGCCGCGCCGGCGCCGGUGAGGCAUCUCGGGUUCCAGAAGCUUCAGGAAGGCUUGAAUCAGUUGGAUGUGGGAACCAAGGCGUGCAUCAGAGACGCCCUGUACCGGCUGGCCUACAGCGUGGAGCACAGACAACAGGUGGUAGAACCGAAUGUGGGUUCCUCGGCUGCAAACAGGCUCAGCACAUCGAGCGUGUGGGCGGAGACCGAGAGGAGCCCCAUGGAUCGCUCCGUGGCGCAGCUUCUUCUGAAGAAGCCGCUGGAUCAGAGGACGGCGAAUCGUGCCGCGUGAUAAUAUCAUCGUUCCCAUUAAUUCUGAUUCUGCUGCAGAGUAUGUGUAAAUGUGGUACGUAUGAUGCAGUCCAGCCUUUGACAGUC